GAACGAUGAUGGCAGUUUCACCUUUAGCAGACACAGACAGGCGGGAGUUUAUCGCUGGGCUGCGCAGACCUGUCGGGGUUCGACGCGUCGCAUACUGUUAUCGGUCUGCGCAGUGCCGUGUGAAGUCGAACAGCGCUCGUGAACCGUCGCGGUAAUCGCAGCAUGUCGUUGUGUUUCAGUGGCGGUUCGGCUCCUCGUUGCUUUGGGUGUGCAGAUAAAACUCCCGUCCAGAUCCUUCACGAGUACGGCGUCAGGACAGGGAGCGCGCCGGAGUACGCGCUGAUGGGGUCUGACGGGGACGCGCAUCAGCCCUGCUUCAGCUUCAGUGUCACCAUCGGAGAGAUUAGCUGCAAAGGUCAAGGAUCAACUAAAAAGGCUGCGAAACAUGAAGCGGCCCAAGCUGCCUUACAAGUAUUGAAACUGGACUUCCAGCCUAAUGACGACCGAGAUAAAAAUGGGAUUUCUCCUGAAAAAUGGGACGCGGCAAACCCUGUGGGAAUCCUGCAGGAGCUGGCGAUGCUGAGAGGCUGGUGUCUGCCGGAGUAUGUGACGUGUAUGGAGACAGGACCUGAUCACAUGAAAGAGUUCUCAGUUGUCUGUCGUUUAGAAGGACUGGAGGAGACGGGGACCGGCAGCUCCAAAAAGACGGCCAGACGAGUGGCGGCCGAGCGCAUGCUGGAGAAACUCCAGAGUUUGUCUGGGUCUCUAGAGAUCACAUGGAGUCCUCCACCGCGUGUGAAUGUAGAGGACGUGCGACACUCGACGGGCGAGAAGAUUUCACUCCUGAAGAGAUCUCCUCUCAGCAUCCCAAACACGGACUACAUUCAGAUGCUACUGGACCUGUCGCUGGAGCUGGGCUUUCAGGUCACAUACAUGGACAUCGAUGAGCUGACAGUGAACGGUCAGUACCAGUGUUUAGUGGAGAUGUCCACCAGGCCGGUGACGGUGUGCCACGGAUCAGGAAUGACCAGCGGUAAUGCCCAAAACUCUGCGGCACAUAGCGCCCUGCAGUACAUCAAGAUGAUCGUGUGUAAACACUGAGGACAGAUCUGGGAUCAGCGUGAAGGAUGAUGUCUGCUCUGAGAGUAGACAGAGUCCGGUUUCACACAGACGAUCUGUCGCAGGUCUUUACUGUGUACAAAACAGUAUUUUUAUUCAGUAACCACCACACAGAGUCAUUCAAAGGAUCAACUUCUUGUCACUUUAUUAAAAGCGUAAUGCAAACAGACGUGCAGGUCGACAGAAAGCUGAAAUGAGAAAGUCUUGUGCUCGUUGUGAAUCUGUAAUCUGUUACUGACCUGAAGCUUACAUGAGCUGUGUGACACUGACACGAAGCAUCUACUGCUACACUUUUAAUAAACAUAGCUGUGUUUAGGUCAGCUUAUACCACAAGACUUUUAGCUUUUGUUUUAGCAAACUAGUUUGGCCAACCGACACUGGACAAAUCAGCUGUGAGGGAACGAAGAUCCUUCCACCAUGUCACUUCAUAAAGUGUGUUUGUAAAUGCAUCACUGUAUUUAUUUUUUAUAGUGGAUAUUGUUUGUGAAAUGUUUCUCAUUGUUUUUCUGUGAAGGUUAUAUUAUGCUCUCGGUGUGAGCGUCACAUCUUUGUGCACGAGCUCCAGGGUCAGUCAUGAAGGAUCAGAUUCUGAGUCGAGCGAGAGGCUUCAGAGCUCCCGUUACAUUCAUGCAUUUGUCACCUGUUGUUGUUAGCUUACUGAUUCAGACCGCGCAAACAUCAUGAAUUAUUGUUUUUAUUUGUUUGUAGUGGCACUUUGUUUUUAAAUGAAAUAAUUAAACAAGUUUACCAUUACGCUUGUUCCCAUUAUCGUGCUGUCAGACAGCAAUCUAUACAGUCUUUAGUAUUUAUUUUAUGUAAUACUCCUCACUAAUGCUAAAUUUACAAUACUUGAUAUUUAAUGAUAAACUUACAUCACAUGACCGGAGUUUGAGUUUACAUUGUUACAUUAUGCCAGUAGUAUUUUCUCUGCUUAUAGCAUUCCUCUUUUGUGUGAUAUUGAUCACAAAAUUAGUCUCCAACAAAUUAAAUUUCCUAAAUCACAACUAAUAAGCUCUCCCUAAAGCUCCAUAAAAGUUUGCUCUGUAACUUUUAAUCAAAGUGACUGAGUGCAGCUGUGACACGGCAGAGGAGAUCUGGUCCUCCCGGCUGAGUCUGGUUUCUGUUAAUUUAUUUCUCAUUGGAGUUUGGGUUCCUCCCCACGGGGCCGUGUUGGCUUGCUCACUGGGAGACUGCUGAUUUUAGAUAUUAUUGAUCAGAAUGAUCUCACUUGUUCUAUUAACACCAUACGCUGUGUUUAUACCUUUUCUUUUUUUCCUGUAAAGCUGCUUUGGAACAAUGCACAUAGUGAAAAACGCUAUAUAAGGAAAAUUGAAUGUCACUUGCUAUAAACGCUUUACCUAAUCUAUAUUUGCUCAGUUCUUUACCUAAUGUUUCUUGAUUGCAGACUUGGUUUUAGUAUUUAUUUUGAGUUUUUUUUUUGCUUAAGUUCAGUUCUAGUAAAUGUGGAAAAUCACUUACCGUGAAAAGAAACUGUAUGAAACUAAAGUUACAAAGUGUUUCAGUCCUGUGGAUUUUCAUUUCCUCCAUUUAGUAGCACAGAUGCUAGUCAAAUAAACUUUGUACAUUAUUUUAGUAGUACAAUGA